GUUUGUGUGACAUUGUUCUUUUAUACCCUGCUCUGGUUGUGACUGGAAGCUCUAGGACGCAGGGUUUUAGAUAGCUGAACAAGAAAAGUUAUCGGAAGUGAAAACGGAAUUAAAUCGUACUGUGGCUUAUUGAUAGAAAGGUUUUAGAAGGCAGUGGGGUGUCAUUUUGUUUGACCGAGAAAGCCCAAAUGAUUAGAAGAAAGUGAAUUUCGGAAAAUUGCAAAAAACAGUAAGGUAUAUUGAAGUGCUGUACUAAUAAAUUUGUUGGAUCAUUUAAUUUAAGUGAAUUUAUGUAUUAAUUGUGCGGGGAGAAAUUGAAGUUGCCGAAGUGAUCGAAAAAAAGACGAAAUAGUGCUGUGCAGUCUGUGCUGGCUUUAUCUGUUAGUGUUUGUUCAAACUGGGAGUUUCCCCUUGCAGUACAGUUUAGGUUGGAUAACGCAACGCCAGUAUAAAGGAACAAGGCAAAAGUGGAAACGACAGAAAACAGCCGAUCUGGGACAAUCAGCAAACACGAUUCCUAUCUCAAGUGUCGAAAGCUGUUUUGUGGUGUGUUUUUUUGCCUCUUAUGCACAGGUUGAACCAACUUGACCCGCGGGCUGACCGUUGAACCGUUCCUGCUGAAUCGGUCCCCAUAUACGGUCAACUGGAGGACGUCCUCGUUGUUGAGCAGCACAAUAAUUGUACCUAGCCGGCAGUAGUGGUAGUACUAAAAGUAGUAGAGUAGCAGCAGCUGGUUAUUUCAACAACAUCUUAAUACUGUUGCCAUUAGUGCUGAUGCCAGGUCACGUUGAGUUGCGCCGAGAAGUUCACAUUAAGAGCUUUUACUUCAUCACACCGUCGGCGAAGAUGUAACCUGGACCAUACUGCGAAUUUUAUGACAACUGCGCAAUUUCGCAAAAUAUCUCUGACCACCGUCGGGAAACGAGACAGAAAGACGCUUGAAAAUGGACACCAUUCAGGAGGUAACCGUAACGAAACCCGCUGAAGGUGAGCCCGAACAGACGGCGAAUCCUCCAACGGUAGAGGUAACGGACGCUGCAGCAGGACUGCUGCACGAGACGACAAGGUCCUCACAGGAUUCUUCUUUCAACGUACCGGACUAUCAAUGUUCUUCGCCGGUUGGGGAUCCAGCAGCGGCGAGGGCGGAUAAAAUUGAAGUGACGACUGAAAUUAUCGAGCUUAUCGACGAAAGUGGUGGUGGUGGAGGUGAUGGUGAUGGGGGUAAAGUACUGCCGGAUGUCGAUGCCAUCAAGGUGCUAAAUGGGGGCGACGGAAGUGAUAGUGGUGUGGAGUUUGGGGGUGUUACGGGUUCGCUGAACGAAACCGGCGUUUUGCAGAGAGCACUCAGCAAUAAUAGUGCCGGCUAUGCUAGCAGCUGCUGUGGCUUAGAGGAGGGCAACGGCGUCAGUGUGUCAUGUAAUUCUAGUGUGAUAAGCUACAGCUCAGAUUUGUAUGAUAAGACCGGCAGUACAAUUCUUUUGGGUGGCAGUCGUUUGAGUAACGAUUACUGUGCCAGCGAAGGUGGCAGCGAAAGUUCCUCUGUCACGGGAGGACCGGUAAGUUCUUUGAGGAAACCCGGCUGUACAACCAAGAAAAAAGUGGCCAUGAAGGAGCCGUUAACGAGCCGAUCUCCAAGGAAGUCAUCCGAAAGUGGCUCCUCUUCGGUUAGAAGCAGUUCGCGAUCCAGAACUUCUUCAUUAGGACGGUCAGUUUCUCUAAAUCUAAAAUCGCCUCCGGCGUCAGCUUUGACUGUCAGAGAAAGAGCAAGAUCACGUGAGAAAAUCAAUGCUUCCAACCUUGUUAACGGUAAGACUGCUUCGACCACACCAAAACAAUCGGCUCAAACCAAGCGACCAACGAAGCCGGAUUCCUUGCCAACGGGAAUCAAAGAAGGUUCGCCGGUAAUUCAAAGAAUAAAUUUAUCGAGAACUCCAUCGGUUACGCGAGGUCGAACCCCGAUAGGUACACCCACCGAUGAUGGACGUUGGCCAUCGGUUGGAGGCAAAGGUAAUGCGGCGUCACGAUGCAAUGGUCGUGCCGGUUCGACUGCUCCGGAUGGAAUAUCGAUCAAAACCCGUGUAGGCACUCUUGCUCUAGAAGGCAAACCAAGCAGUCCGCUGGAUAAAUUUGGAACACUUCCGCGCCGGCGCCGAGAACGGUCUGCUGAAGAUUUAAAAGCUGGCAGCCCUCGCAGUGACUCCAUGACUCGUGAUCAGAAUCGAAUGACAAUGUCGCUUAUUAAGAAACUUCCCUCGACCACCAGGCAGGAAACGCCGGUUAAAACCAUACCCAAUUAUCCAAGGCUUGCCAGCGUAACAAGAAAGCUAGUCCAGAAGACGAAAAUCUACCACGAAACCAGUGUACAAACGGCGAUCACAUGCAAGGACGUUGAGGAUGCUUUCAACGGAAAAGCAAAAGACAUUCGGGUCGAUGCGGUUGAGAAGUGUCAAAAGGCUACUCAGUCGGACAUCCGUGAUAAGGAGAUGGAGAAAUUAGAAGAAAAAGUGAAGAAACUAACAACCGAAUAUACGGCGUUGAUGACCAAACAUUCGGAGAAAAGUCAAUUGGUUACUUCGUUGGAGCAAAAGUUGCUCAAAGAGCGCGAGGAAAAGUUGGCGGCCCAAAAGGAAUUGCAAAAUAACAGCGAAAGGGUGCUUGGAAUGUUGGGUUCGGUACACGGUAUUCCAAGCAUGGAAUCAGCAAGCGGCGGCGAGUGUGACAGUUUGCUAAUUCUCGAAUCGCAACUGCAGAUGUCCGGCUGCGUAUUGGAGAAGAAGCAGGAGGAAAUUAUUCGGUUGCAGCAAAUAUGUCGCUCGCUGCAGGCCGAUAUGGAACGGUCGCUGAAGAAUCAGGAGGAAUUGUUGAGACAGAAGACUGAGGUGGAGGAAGAGUCGAGUGAGAUGCAGGAUUUUCUACAGGCGGAAAAGGCCGCCUGCGUCGAGGCACUGAAGGAAGCUGAGUUGGAGGCUUUCCAGCUACGGCAAUCGGUGGCCCAUCGGGAAACUGAACUGGAGCGACAGCAGGAAGAGUGCCGCCAUUUGGUUCGGAUUGGCGAGCAGAGACGGCAAGAGUUUCUUGGUAUGCAAGCGAAGUACAAUGCACUGGAAAGUCGAUCCAAAGAUAUACUGCUGCAGCAAGGAGCUGCCGUUUCGGGAGCUUCGGUGGCCCUGUCCGGUCUCGGUUCACGGCUGGACCAUCUGGUGGAACAGUUGAUUGCCUCGUAUAAUAUUUCCGAACAAGAUCUAGAGGACGUAAUUUAUCACAACGAGGCCUACACCAACAGCAGCAACAGUUGCGACGGCAGCCCACAGUCCGAGCAGCCUGGUGGCGGUAAAAGUGGUGGUCGUCAGCCACGUCAGGACUGUUCUUCCAAGUUAACACCAUCCAAAAACGAUGCGACCACACCGCUGUCUCCACAGCGUGGUCACUCAUUUAUUACCGCCGUGAUUAGCGCCAUCAAAAAUGCCACUAGCAAGACAGCCGUCCUCAAGUCGAGUGCUUCCGCCGGAGCUUCCAAGGAGAGAAAAGAACCUUGCGGUCAUGAAUCGGACUCAACGGAGAUGCUCGAUUCGGAAACCGAACCGUGCCUGAUGAUGGACAACGUACUGGAAGACGUGGCCAUGCCCGACUCACACUCACACAAUAUGGUUUCAUCAUCGACGCGUAUUUCACAGAUCGAAAUGCCCUCAUCGCUGGAGAGCGGCGCCAACGGGGUGAUGAUGUCCCACGACGAAUCGUUGGACAAUCUGUCGCAAGCCAUCACUAACCGGCAGCAGAUCGAGCUGCAAUCGAGCAUCAUAGCUAGCGGUCGUUCGUCACGAUUCCGUCAGUCCUGCGGCGGCGGUGCGGGAGGUGGUGGUUCGGAGCAGCAACUGCGGGCAUCCACUGGAGGGGCCACCGACCAUACCACCGCUAGCCACUCGUCCUCGCUGGAGGACGACGAUAACAGCUGUUGCGCGGAAGCUUCCGUCGCCGAGAUGCCAUCCAUUUGCGAGUACUGCAAUGCCCAGUCGCUGGUCGAUCAGGUCAUCGAUGUGGACAACCUGAUCACCAAGCUGCUGAAGGUGCUGCGAAUUGUACAGAUGGACAACGAUCACUGCAUACAGGAGUUGAUUAGUCACAAGAACAAACUAGCCUUAAGCAACGAAGAGAUUCAAGACCGCGUGAAGGACUAUGAAGAACUGAACGAAAAGUUACAGGACGAUCUCAAAGAUGCUUCCCAGCAAUUAAUUGGCCGGGGAAACGAAAUCGCUAAAUGCAAAGCGGAGCUGCAAGCUCAUCGAAAGGAGAUUGAUAAACUAAACGAAGACAUUUGCCAGCUGAGCACACUGUGCAGCAGCAACAACAAAAACGCCGGUGGACUAACGAUCAACCGGGAGGACAUAAUCAGUGCGUUGAAAUUGUGGAACGAAAACGAUUCCAUCCCGGAGAAAGAUCUGGUCAAUCACCUUGUGCAGGCGUGCAACGAGAUUCCCAAAUUGAAAGCCCGAUUGUACGAAACGGAACAGCAGCUGGCCGGUUUUAAGAACGGCGACCGAAGUAGUGGAACUAGUCUGAUUAUGACGGCUGGCUGGCAUCAGGCGCUCAGUGAAGCCAAGCGACAGUACGAAGCGAUCGACCGGGCGCUAGAAACUCUACAUAGCAUACAAUCGAUCGUGCAGGAAACGCCAGUCCUAACGCAGCUGCAGCGCGAUCUCGAAGAAACGAACUUCCAAGCAAUUCCGCUGGUGUCCCUGCCGGCGAACCUGGUUGCCGCCAGCAGCAACCACAACUACCAAAACGGGAACGGUACGGCGGUGGACUGUAUGGAUCUUAACGCCAACCAGACUACGGGCGCCCAUCCGAUCGGUAACGGCGUCGUAGCAAUCAACGGGAACGGUUCCCCUGCAGCUGGCCUGCAGCUCAAUCAACCUGACAUUAUCGACUCGACAGCAUGAGCAUGAGCAUGAUGAGCCAGAUGGUAAGUUUGUUCCUUGUUUUGUUUUUCUGCAAGCGAAUUGUUUGUGUAAACCGUACACUUUGCCCAGUGACGGUAGGAUAGUAAGUGUCAACUGAGUAGUGAUGAAAGAUGUUUAGCUUAUUAAGAUUUAAAAGUAUUGUGAUCAAAACUCUAUUAGGACUAAUAAAUUAUUUCGAGUUUAUUAACCGUAGCUAACAUAAAUUCGAAUACUGGAUGUAGCAAAACAAAAAACAACAAUAAACAUAUAGUUAAUCGACUAAAAAGCAAACAAAUUACUAUGCAGGAAUUCGAAGUUUCUAUCACUCCUUGUUAGCGUCCAAAGUGUAGAUGUUCCAGAUUAGCAGUUUAGAGCAAUAGACUAAUUUUUCUCUGUUCAUUUGAUAAAUUUUAACACUUUUGUCAUUAGAUCCAGAUAGAUCGUUUACUUAUCUGCGCUCGUCAAUUAUUACAAACGAUUGUCUUGAAGUUUUCUCGAUUUUGCCAAGCAAUCAAUUCCGCACAGAAAUAUUUCAAUAUUAUACCCCUUAGGAACCCAACUACCACUCACAGUGAUUAACUGCCGCUUAAAACGUCCAUAUUUUAUGUUUGAAGUGCUGCUAAUACGAGCGGUGUUUGAGUUCCUUACACGGUAUGUUUUAAUUCACACAAGUGCACGUUUGCAUGCCUCCCGCAAACUGAUAGGACCUUUUCUCGUGACUUGAGAAAAGUAUCUUCGCUAUCCAAUAAUAAUUUACUCAAAAAAAAAAAUAAGCAAGAAAACAAACCGUAGUAAAAUACAGUUAUCGAGCACAUUCACAGAACAACAUUUCGGCUGAUCCCGGGCAUAGGAAACAAUGUAAAUGUAAAGAGCGUCUUAUUCUGGACUUCACACAGUUUGCACAGUUUGGUCAAACUUUACGAAGACCGGAAGCUUUUCUGCACUUUUUUUUUCGUCGUAAAUAUGUAGUAUCCAAUAAGGAAGCAAG